GGAAAACAGCUGAUUGAAAGGGAAAUGUUCAAAUGUUACACUGUUCUCAAAUAAUUGAAACUAAUCAUUAUACUGUAUGACACAAUCAACCCCAACUAUAUCAUCAUAAUUACAAUUAACUGUUGAACACAGUUGUGAUGAAAAUAUGCGUUAAGUUGAUUUUGAAUUUGAGUGGAAUUUGGCGACAAUCUGAAACGAAGUGUACAGGGUUUGUCGUUUUGACAGUUUGUUAUUCGGUUCCCGUUGAUUGUGAUGCGUUUUCUGACAAUGUCUUCUCUGGUGGAUUAUGGAAGCAGUGACGAAAGUGAAAAUGAAAGUGCAAAUGACGACAGUAAAUCAGUAAUUGAAUCUGAACUACCAGUUCUGAAGGAAAGUGAGAACACUGGAGAUAACCGACCAGCAAGUGAAGAUGAAGACCCAAAUUUGGGUUUAUUUUCGUCUCUUCCACUACCGAAGCCAAGUUUUACAUUGGACACAGAUGAUAACGGACAAGCAAGUCUAAAUGAAGACCAAAAUUUGAGUUUAUUUUCGUCUCUUCCGCCACCUAAGCCAAGUUUCACAUUGGAGACAGAUGACAGUUUAAUCUUCACCCGUUACAAACUUCCGAAAGGGAAAGAACCGGUGAAGAUUACAAUACCGUCCUUAUCAGAGUUCAAAGAUGAAGAAUCAGAACCUGCAAAGAAGAAGCUUAAGCCAUCAAGGAAAGUUCCCAGUCUGUUUUCACUACUUCCUGCUCCAAAACAUCUGUCUAUAAAGGAAACAAAGCGGCAAUUGGUACCCCAUGUUUUGACAAAGAAAACACCAAGCAUCAUGUCUGCUUCUUCCACACUGAAAUCUGAAAUUGAUGACUCAGUUAAAAAUACAUCACCAUCUUUAAUAAGUUACGCAGAUUCAGAAGAAGAAUCGGAUGGUGAGGGUGAUUUUUUCUCCUUGAAAAUGGACCACAAAGUUGAAGCAAUAGAUCAAGCUAACACUACAAAAACGGGGACUUUUGUUGUGGCAGACAGUGGUUCUGAUACAACUGAUAUUGCUGCUAAUGAAGGAAAUGCGUUGAAGUCAAAUGAUGCACCUCUUGUCUUCAAUUCUGAGUUCAAUCCAUCACCAUGGCCAAGUAGUUCAUCUUCAAGUGAACACAGAGGUUAUGAACACUGGCAGAAUGAAUUUGAACCUACAACACAAACAACGCCUGGCAGUAGUGAUGAUUACAUUUCAGUGCAGCAAGACAAUCUGCAAUUGAAUGAUGAAGCAUUGCAGCGUUUAUGUGGGCGACGUGCAAAGAGGCAACAGCAAGACAUGCAGCUCAUUGAAGUUAAUGGGGCUACAAUAAUGCCUGACCCUAAAGAGUGGUUUACCAAACAAAUGACACAGGAGCAAGAAACUAAAAUUCAUAGUCACAGUCACAGGAAGAAUGAUGGUCCUACAACACAGCAACGACGAAAACAUCAAAUCACUUAUCUUGCUUUCCAGGCAAAAGAAAAUGAGCUGGAACUGAAGAACCAGUGGUCCCAAAAUCGGAUGUCUCGCAAACAAACACAGUCUAAAUAUGGUUUCUAAUAACUUGUGUAUUAUGUGUUU